ACUAGCGAAAUGCAAGCUUCACGCAAUCACGCGUGCCCUAACUCCGGCUUCUACCGUGGCGAUCCUUAGUCGGAGCCGUUGAUCGCCGGCUAUCUUCGGCCUCCCUCCCGUCCUAGAAGAGCCGAAUGCUUCUAUCAAGGAAUAAAUAGCCUUAUAGAACUCCUCUUUUCCGGACAGCAUAGCUUGGAACUGAGCCAGUAGAAGAUACAUUGAUCUUGCAGUUGUGGUUGAACCAUUUGCUAUUCUAGUUAUAUUUAGAAUGGGGGAAUCAUUUACAAUACAGUUAAGCUCAAAGUUAAUCGACCAAAUAGCUAAUGGUGAAACCAAAGUCAAGAAAAGAGUCAAGAAACCGAAACCAAAGAUCCCAGUAGAACCUCCACUGACUGAGAAGAAUGUCAAGCCUGCUCCGACCACCACUCAGACAAGUAGCCCAAUGGGGGGAUGGCCCCUCCCCCCUGUGUUCAUAUCACCACCACCACCUCCUCCAAUUUCGCCUACAAUCUCAGAACUAGAAGCUAUCCGUUCUGUCGUCCAAGAGAGUGAGAAAACGGUGGAGAAACUGGAAAAACAGGAAGACAAGAUGAUUCAGGAGCUGAAUCAGAGAGCAAAAGAUCUCCGAGACAAGGAGUUCAAACUCCCCUACCAAAACCCUACCAUCUGCACAGCUGAGAGAGCUGCUUGCCUGAGCUGCUACCAGGAGCAUGUCAAGGAUCCUCUAAAAUGUGCACAAGCGGUGAGAAACUUUGCAGAUUGUGUGCGUCAGACUAGGAUUCAGGUCAGUUCAGUUAAAAAAUAAGAGGUAUUCGAGGCUUUCAUUUUACAUCAACCAUAGUUUGGUUUAGUGAUGCGUUGAGAUUCAAUAACCUUGGCCCUGUUUGUGGGACAUCAUUGCAAAUCCCUUUUAUGUGCUAAAUUUUCUGCAUCAGAGUGUUAUUGCAUAACAUUACAGUGACCUGAAAUUUGUUAGCGAUACAAUUGGAUGUCUGGACAAACAAAGUGUUAUGCCAUGGCUGAUGACAUUGUGUUAAUCUUUAAACGA